AUGAAUUUUCAAGCAUUUGUGUUCUGCGGAAAAGGGCUGAAGCUGGCGCCGUUCUCGAACACGCGCGGCGACAAGGGGAUGCCAAAGCCUCUGCUGCCUGUUGCGAACAGGGCCAUGCUUGAGUACGUGCUAGACUGGUGUGACCAGGCGCAGUUCAAAGAAAUCAACAUUGUGGUGGACGAAGGGGACGAAGAAGUCAUGCAGGAGGGCCUUGCAGGGUUCAUGCAGUUCCGAGAAGAGUGCUACGACGUACUGAGCAAGAAUGUGGGCGGCUUCCACACACACUACCUGCGCAAGCCCGCGCCAAUCCAGUUCAUUGGCGCAAAGAGCGAGUUCACGGGCGAGAUACUGCAGCAGGAACUGCUGGAGAGGAUCACGGGCGACUUUGUGCUGCUGCCUUGCGACUUCAUCACGAACAUCCCGCCGCAGAUCUUCCUCGACCAGUACCUGAACCGGGACCACGACAGCUUGGCGAUGGCGGUGUACUACCAAAACGCAUUCGAGAACAUUGACAAGAAGCAGAUAAAGAAGUUUUUCACCGUUUACACCGACAACGAGGACUCUAUGAAACAGCCGGUGCUGCUGGAUAUAUACUCCAGAGAGGACGUAGAGAAGACCAAAUAUCUGAAGAUGCGGUCGCAGAUGCUAUGGCGGUACCCCAACUCCACGGUUUCCGUGAAACUUUUGAACUCAUACAUCUACUUCUGUUCGCACGAGCUGGUACAUCUGCUGUCCACAGAUGAUUCCGCUGUUGCUGCGGAUAGCGAUGGCAGCGACAGUGAAGAUGAGGUCGGGUCGAGGAACCCCAACCAGAUCCGGCCUUCAUAUUUCCGCAAUAAGACCAAGAUGGUGAAAGAUCCUAUGAAUGGACGUAAAUCUUUUGCAAAGUUGUUCCGCGAUAUUGCACGCCGUUCCUGGCAGCAUUCUCGGCCACGGGAGACGGUGAGCAUUUUCAUCAUGCCGGAUGUGGGUAUAUUCAUCAGGGCAAACAAUCUGAGCGCUUACAUGGAGGCCAACAGGUAUAUCCUAAAGAUCAAGUCUGCAUCAACCAGCCAUACUGUACCUGUUACUGGCAGCUCAUCUGCAAUUGGCGCAGACUCAGUGAUAGGCGCUUCUUGCACCAUCUUGGGGAAGACAAAUGUGAAACGCUCUGUCGUUGGUGCAAACUGUAAAAUAGGAAACCGUUGCCGCAUCGUAGGCUCCAUUCUUUUGGAUGGCGCAGAGAUAGAUGAUGAAGUAACCUUGGAAAAUGUCAUUGUUGGGAAGUUCGGUAAGGUGGGGAAGAAGACUAAGCUCACAAACUGUUACGUGGAAGGGUACUAUUCUGUAGCCCCAAGGACUGUAUUGAAGGGGGAGACUCUGGCAAAUAUUUACAUUGAAGGUGAAAACGAAUUUGAUGACAGCGACAUGGAUACCAGCUCAUCCGAGGAAUCCACGGAUCAAAGUGAGAUGUAUAACGAGGAAGAGUACGAGGGGGACGAUCUUUUUGAACGUUAG